AUGUUAAUACACUUGUUUACUGCUCUUUUUGGGGCUUGUUUUGCAGAAUGGACAGUAGAUUUGGAAUACUCGCUAAAUGGGUUCAAAGAUGUUUAUCCACUUGGAAAAAUUGAACUGGUGCGCUCGUAUGAUGGGAAUUUCACUGGCAUAUUCAAAGCUGCAGAUGGUUCUCGUUUAGCUGAACGAAUGAACGCUGCUCCUACAUCAGAGUAUCGAGUGCUAGCUAGGAGUUCUACACAUCAGAAAGAUCAACUGAUGUCGACGAGCAAAACGUGUCUGCUCCUACAGUCAAAUUUAUUCCAUGUAUUCUGGUUAUCAAUUGAUGGUGAACGACAACUUGUCCAUUCUGUCACAAUAUUCCCAGAUCCGUUAGCUACUGGUGACACACCACUGGAUUCAAGUGUGGUCUGUUCACCCCAGAUGGUUAGCAAUUCUGCACAACCAAAUGCGGUAGUAUAUGUUGUAACAAAAGGAGUACUUCCUACACCUGAUACUCAAUUAUUUGUGCAAAUGAUGGAGAGAGAGCGAAGAGCCAGGCAGCAUGGUGCAGAAGCAGAUGACCGCAGCUUUUUAGCAAAAUAUUGGAUGUACAUAGUUCCUGUUGUCAUUUUUGUUGUUAUUUCAAACGCUAUGACCCCUGAAGGAGGAGGCGAAGGAUAG